CUCGUCCCACUUGUAAACCUCUACAGCAGGGCGAUAGUGCGCGUUCCCGCGGACUCGCUAUAGAAAACAAAGCUGAGCGUCUUCCAUAUCAGCUAGGGCUGCAGACUCGAGGAAUAUCCGAAUUUAUUCUGGAUACAUCGCACAGAAUAUGGAUCUACAGCGGGUGUAGCAUCGUUGCAGACCGAGCCACCUCGGCCGAAGUGACGGCAGGAACCUCGCGAAAUCGACGAAAAAUAACAUCUGUGUUGUUGUGUUUUUUUUUCUUUUUUUUUUUUUUGGUUUUCUUUUUUUUUUUCUCCUCCUCGGGGUGCUUUGUCUUGUCCACCUAACGAUAGCAAGCCCAUCAUUUCCAUCUCAAUUGUACGAAAUUCAGCUAGUGAUUACUAGCUGCCGCCGGGAUGUAUCAUCAUGUUGUCACCUAAAAGUAACUGCUAAGACGACGGAUUGUGAAGCUACAGCAGAGACCCUUCGCUCCCAGGUCCCAGCGGGCUGACACCGGGUCCUGAAUCUGUGUUAGCCACAGCCGCGGAACCCACUGUUUUCGGGCGAUAUGGCGGAGCAAGGCUACUCAUCCUGGGCAUACUCCCUAGUCGACUCCAGUCAGGUGUCCACCUUCCUGAUUUCCAUCCUUCUAAUCGUCUAUGGCAGUUUCAGGUCAUUAAACAUGGAUUGUGAGAACCAGGAGAAGGAUAAAGAUGGUAACCCCUCACCAGCAGGGUCUUUUAAUAACAGCAACACAAACAACAGCAUUCAGACUAUAGACUCGACGCAGGCCCUGUUUCUGCCGAUAGGAGCUUCCGUGUCUCUGCUAGUCAUGUUCUUCUUUUUCGACUCGGUUCAGGUGGUCUUCACCAUCUGCACUGCAGUUCUUGCUACAAUUGCAUUUGCAUUCCUGUUGUUACCUAUGUGCCAGUAUCUGACCAGACCCUGCUCCCCGCAGAACAAGAUUUCAUUCGGUUGCUGUGGACGCUUCACCCUGGCUGAACUCUUGUCGUUCUCGCUUUCCGUUAUGCUGGUUCUCAUCUGGGUGCUGACCGGACACUGGCUCCUCAUGGACGCUUUAGCCAUGGGCUUGUGUGUCGCCAUGAUCGCCUUUGUUCGGCUUCCCAGUCUGAAGGUCUCCUGCCUGCUGCUGUCAGGACUGCUCAUUUAUGAUGUGUUCUGGGUGUUCUUCUCAGCGUACAUCUUCAACAGUAAUGUGAUGGUUAAAGUCGCCACUCAGCCUGCUGAGAACCCCAUAGACGUUCUCUCCAGGAAGCUCCACCUGGGGCCGGGGAUGGGCCGCGACGUACCCCGACUCUCCUUACCCGGCAAACUGGUCUUCCCAAGCUCCACAGGAAGCCACUUCUCAAUGCUGGGAAUAGGAGACAUCGUGAUGCCGGGGCUGCUGCUGUGCUUCGUCCUGCGUUACGAUAACUACAAGAAACAAGCGAACGGGGAGGUCCCGGGGCCCGGUAACAUGUCUGGACGCAUGCAGCGCGUCUCCUAUUUCCACUGCACUCUCAUCGGAUACUUUGUGGGUCUGCUGACUGCCACUGUGGCCUCGAGGAUCCAUCGUGCCGCUCAGCCCGCUCUGCUCUACUUGGUUCCCUUCACCCUGCUGCCUCUACUCACUAUGGCUUACCUGAAGGGGGAUUUGCGGCGAAUGUGGUCCGAGCCUUUCCACGCCAAGGCCACCAGCUCUCGCUUCCUGGAGGUAUGAUGCAACCCGGAGACGAACAACCAGCGCGGGGACGACUGCUGAUCUUUUCCUCUUCGUCGGAGGAAGGGAAAAGAGGGCACACUCACCAUGAGGCCAUGUUGUCAUCACUUCAUGCUUUCCACCGAUCUGUGAAGAAGAAGAAGAAGAAGAAAAAAAAAAGGACACCAGAGUGUGGAUUGCAACGCCCAGACACGACUCAUCUUGUGCUCCCCAUAUCCUCUCUCCCCGUUUCAUCUCCACUUCCUCUUUCUGUUUCUUUCCUGUCCAUUACAGCACAUCCUGCCUGUGCUGUGUUUUUUUUUCUUCUUUGUCUCGUUUCCCUUCUUUUCUUUUUUUUUUUUUUUUCCCCUCUUCCGCCCACCCUCCCUUCCACAUGGCCCAUCUCGUAUUUUUCCACCUUCCCCCCUGUUAUGUCUUUUGUUUUUUAUUUUAUUCUUCUGGACUCCUUCCUCUCUCUGAUGAACUAAAUGGACCUCCUCCUCCCCCCCCCCCACACCUCCCUUUUUUUUGUGGACUUACAGUUGUGAGACAUGGCUGGGGUUUAUAUGUAUUUUUUUAGCAUUGUCGUGGUCAUUAUAAUUAAUGUUAAUAUUAUCGAAGAACUUUAACAAGCGGAAGAGAAGGGUCGGGAGUGUUGCGGCGGCACAGGAGCGGCAACGCAGUCCAGAGUCCUCCCUCUUCUUCAGCCUCCCCUGCUUCAUCACCCCUGCCCUCCUCCUACACUCCCCUGUGCCCCCCCCCCCGCCCCGCCCCCCUCGCCCUCCGUCUUCUGUUCAUCUGCUGUCCUCACCCCAACAGAUAACUAUGUAUUUUAUUUAGAAAAGUUUUAUUCUUUGCAUAUACAGAAAGGAUGCAUUAAAAAUCGUUAUGCCGCCUCCCCUCCCCGCCCCCCCCCCAACAAACCGGGAGUCGGAGGGGGUCGCUUUUAUUUGUAUAUAUGUGUACACAUGUAUUUGCAGUAUCAUGAGUUUCUAUUUGUGUUCGAGAGCAUGUCGAAGAGGGCGGAAAACUGAUGUCUAGCAGCGGCCGGAUUUUUUUUUUUUUUUUUUUUACCCGGACUGGCGGAGUGCGGACGCAACUUUGUGCAAUAGAAACAUCGUGGAGAAAGUGUAAACAUGGAAGGCGGACGACAGUUUCCCGCCCCGAUCUUAAAGUGCGCGUGCGUGCGUGUGUGUGUGUGCGUGAGUGCAAAAACACAUGAGCAGGCGGUUAUUUUACUCUGUUUUAAUUUGAAAUCAUGUUUAAAAAUGACAAUAGUCAGGUUUUCAUUGAGCUGUGUGUUUGGAUCAAAGGGUGUCAAGCACAUGAAACACAUGUUAAGCGGUUUAUCUUGUAAAAACAGGAAGAAAAAAAAAUAUGUAAGUUUAAAAAAAAAAAAGAAAAAAAAAUGUAGAAACUCCACAGAGGUCAUUUUUCUUUUCAGUUUUCUGCAGACAGCAGAAAUGUAAACAGUGUUUUUAUUUUUAUUUUUUUUUCUGUUUUCUUCCAAAUAAAUGAAUGUUAAAUAA